AUGCAUCAAAAACAAAUCUCUCCUUCCUCCUAUCGAUGGACUCAAGAAAAAAUUAAAUAUCCCAAAACACUGGUAAACGAUGGAGGAGAUAAAAGUGGAGACAAUCAUUGCCAGGACAACACCUCUUCAAUAUAUCUCUCCGGGCACGAUUGGAAUGCCAUUGCCCGGAAAUUAAAUGAAAAAUUCGGAACAGCUUUUUCGGGACAGAGUUGUCAAGAUGCCAUGACUCGGUUUCAAUGGAUUGAAAGUUUGAGUAGUGAUAUGUGGGCGUUGAUUUUUUCGUUUCUCAAUUUGAAUGAUUUAUUUGGGAGUGUAGAGAGAGUUUGUAAGAGUUGGAGAUUUGUAUUAUUGAGCGAGGAUUGUGAUUUUACUGUCUAUGGAAUGUUGGUGAAUGAAAUUGCUAAAUUUUGUGAUUUCCCAAAUGACAGACAAAUUUGUAUGGUUAUUCAAAACGAAAAAUCCAAAACCAAUCGAGAACUUGUGAAAGAAUUUUAUUUACAACCAUUGAAAAACCAAAUUUACACAUCAGAAGCAUUUACAACCUAUUUACACAAAGGAGGAGUCAUUGAUAUUUGGAUGUUGUGUCCAUGUGAAUUGUUGAACAUUUUAUUGAAACAUCAAAUCACAGCUACCGAUCAAGGAUCACAUACCAUGAAAAUGAUUCACAAAUAUGCGCUCAUGAGUUCCAUCAGUAGUGGAUGGCAUGAAAAAGAGUUUAUUUAUGUUGCCGCCGAUAAACGUAUCAUUACCUUUAACACCUAUCAUCCACGAAACUCAAAAAUUUCAAUCGUUUCUCAUGGAGUUCUAUUACUUGAAAUGAUACAUCAUCUACAAACAUGGAGAGAACGAUAUGGAACGAAAAAACUUUUGACCUUCUUUCUACCGACCCAUGUAAAUUCUUGUGUAGAGUAUGAUUUAAUGCAAGAACCAAUUUUGGUGGAUACCAUGAGCGACACUGAUACGAAGGAAGAUAUUUUUGAUCUUGCGAGUGUUCCACCUUAUGGUAUGAAAGACGCAUCUCAUGAAAUUUCACUAUUAAGGUCAGAAUUAUUUGGUGAGGAUUAUUCAUGUACUGUCUUUGAAUCGAAUGCAAGAAACAGUGACAAUAUGAACGAGACAUGGUCAACAUAUUGGCGUGCUGGAAUGGAAUGGUGGGGAACAUAUGCAUUUACUAUUUAUAAUCAUGAAAAGAACGUGUUUUUUGUGACCACCGCAAGCACUACCGAUUGA